CAAUACAACAGCAAAUAAGAAACAACAAUAAUAAUCGAAUAGUUUAAAUUAUAAUAUACCAGUAUAAUCUACACGUAAAGAACAGCUUGUGUUAUUCAACAACUGAAGUAAGAUGCGUGAAAUUGUACAUUUACAAGCUGGACAAUGUGGGAAUCAGAUUGGUGCAAAGUUUUGGGAAGUAAUCUCUGACGAGCAUGGAAUCGAUCCGACUGGGACAUACCAUGGUGAUUCAGAUCUGCAGCUGGAGAGAAUUAACGUCUAUUAUAACGAAGCGACCGGUGGAAAAUAUGUUCCGCGAGCUAUUCUGGUAGAUUUAGAACCUGGUACCAUGGACAGUGUCAGAGCUGGUCCAUUUGGUCAGUUGUUUAGACCAGACAACUUUGUAUUUGGUCAAAGUGGUGCGGGUAACAACUGGGCCAAGGGUCAUUAUACUGAAGGGGCUGAACUUGUUGAUUCUGUAUUGGAUGUCGUACGAAAAGAAGCUGAAUCCUGCGAUUGUUUACAAGGUUUUCAGUUAACUCAUUCACUUGGUGGAGGAACUGGUUCUGGAAUGGGUACUUUAUUAAUAUCAAAGAUCCGAGAAGAAUAUCCCGAUCGAAUAAUGAGUACAUUUUCUGUUGUUCCAUCUCCAAAGGUGUCUGAUACUGUUGUAGAACCAUAUAAUGCUACUCUUUCAGUCCACCAGCUGGUUGAAAAUACAGAUGAAACAUAUUGUAUUGACAAUGAAGCUCUGUAUGAUAUUUGUUUCCGUACACUUAAACUUACAACACCAACGUAUGGAGAUUUAAAUCAUUUGGUCAGCGCAACAAUGUCUGGUGUAACAACAUGUCUCAGAUUUCCUGGUCAAUUAAAUGCAGAUUUAAGGAAAUUAGCAGUUAAUAUGGUACCUUUUCCAAGGUUGCACUUCUUUAUUCCAGGUUUCGCACCACUAACAAGUCGUGGUAGUCAACAAUAUCGUGCACUUACAGUACCUGAAUUAACUCAACAAAUGUUUGAUGCAAAAAAUAUGAUGGCAGCGUGUGAUCCACGACACGGUCGAUAUUUAACUGUUGCAGCUAUGUUCCGUGGUCGUAUGUCAAUGAAAGAAGUGGAUGAACAAAUGUUAAAUGUACAAAAUAAAAAUUCUAGUUAUUUCGUCGAAUGGAUACCUAAUAAUGUUAAAACAGCUGUUUGUGACAUACCUCCAAGAGGUUUAAAAAUGUCUGUUACAUUUAUUGGUAACAGUACUGCUAUACAAGAAUUAUUUAAACGUGUGUCAGAACAGUUCACUGCAAUGUUUCGUAGAAAAGCUUUCUUACAUUGGUAUACUGGUGAAGGAAUGGAUGAAAUGGAAUUCACUGAAGCUGAAUCAAAUAUGAAUGAUUUAGUUAGUGAAUAUCAGCAAUAUCAAGACGCUACAGCUGAAGAAGAAGGUGAAUUUGAAGAAGAGGAAGAAGGUGAACAAGUAUAAACAUUCUUUUCAAUAUUAAUUACAUAAUUACUCCUAGCAAUAAUCAAUCAACAUACUACUAAAGAUAAGAUACAAUAAACUUAUUUGAAAUACUUCAUGUAUGAAUAAAAUGAAGUUUAUAGUCCUCAUUUUUCCUUUGAAAAUUUUAUUAUUUUUUUCGUCUCUAGUAUCUAUAGCCUACAAUAUUAAACUACUGAAUUCUCGUACGCCUAAAUAUGUUAUCGUUUAUUUAAGAAAAAAUCCAUUUUACCCAACAACACAUUGAUGAAGGUCAAUGUACAGAUAUAUUUCGCAGCUUUUUUUCUGUUGUUUUAAUUUUUCAUUCUGAAUUAUCUUAUGCAUUCAUUUCUAUCUGUUAUUUAAGAUAUUUAAAAAAGAAAUACUCUUAAGUAAAGAAAUA